GGGGGCUCUCGGACAGGGAAGAAAGAUUUAUGAAAUGAUAGGUGGUCGGGCUUUGUUUGUCUGCACUCUUGCGCACAAUAAGUCGCAGGGUUUUCGUGUUUCCUCCACUUGAAGGAUUAUUAAAGCGGUCGAUGGCCACCCUGCGCGUCACACAGCGCCACUUAGCGCCGGCGUGACACCCAGUAGAGCCCUUGUGCUGAGCUGCAACCCCGGACACUUAGUCUCCAGUGGAUAACCAACUCCCCCCACUCUCUCUUCCUCUUCCUCUCUCUGUCAGUGCGUACUUGCCGUUCUGCAUGCGUCAAAGCAGCACCGUGCGUAACUGCAGAGUCGUGCGUAACUGGAGACAGAUUUCACUCCAUUUUGCGCUAGGAUUCUGGGGACCACUGGUGGUGUAACGCUCACUUGCAACGACACUGACCACUGGAGCUCGACAUAUUUCUCCUUUGAAACGACUCGCGGCUCGUCUUUUUUCCCUCCCUCUCUUCUCCCCACGCCAACUGUACGUCAGAGCUGACAUGACGACCGAGACCCCUCAGCAGCAGCUGGACCCUCCGCCUCCUCUGAGAUCCAGCCCGGCGUCCGGCGUCCUGCAUCCCACCAUGCUGAGCCCACAAGCCGCCACAGAAAGUUCGUCCGCGGCCGUCAAAGGGAAGAAGACGAGCUCAGGAUUAAGACGACCGGAAAAGCCUCCCUACUCCUACAUCGCUCUCAUCGUGAUGGCAAUACAGAGCUCACCCACCAAACGCCUGACACUCAGCGAGAUCUACCAGUUCCUCCAGGCUCGCUUCCCUUUCUUCAGGGGCUCGUAUCAGGGCUGGAAGAAUUCCGUUCGGCAUAAUCUCUCGCUGAACGAGUGUUUCAUCAAGCUGCCCAAAGGACUGGGCAGGCCGGGGAAAGGCCACUACUGGACCAUCGAUCCGGGGAGUGAAUUCAUGUUCGAGGAGGGCUCCUUUCGCCGCAGACCCAGAGGCUUCAGAAGAAAAUGUCAAGCUUUAAAGCCCAUGUAUCGAAUGAUGAACGGCAUAGGGUUCGGGACUUCCAUCCUCCCGCAGAGCUUUGAUUUCCAGGCUCCGUCCGCCACCCUGGCCUGCCACAGCAACAGCUACAACCUGGACAUGAUGAGCAACUCCAUGGCGGGGGGCUACGACGGCCUGAGCGGCGGCCACCACGUCCCCCACAUGUCCCCCAGCCCCGGCUCCACCUACAUGGCCAGCUGUCCGGUGCCCGCCAACGGGGAGUACGGGCCGGACAGCAGCAGCAGCCCCGUCCCGUCCUCCCCGGCCAUGGCCAGCGCGCUGGACGGCCACUCCCCGUACGCCAGUACGUCCGCACACUGGGCGUCCUCCGGCGGGUCCCACUACAUCAAACAGCAGCCUCUCACCUCCAGCAGCCCAGCAUCCUCCGGUUUACACUCCGGCAUGUCGCCUUAUUCCCUGGAGCAGAGUUACCUCCAUCAGAACGGCAGGGACAGCCACUCCACCGACAUAUCAGUGGGGAUUCCACGCUAUCAGAGCCAUUCCUCGGUGUGCGACCGGAAGGAUUUUGUGUUGAACUUUAACGGCAUCUCCUCCUUCCACCCCUCGGCUGGCGGAUCCUAUUAUCACCACCACCACCACCAUCACCCCCAGAGCGUCUGUCAGGACAUCAAGCCCUGCGUGAUGUGAGCUCUCGUGUCACUGCGGACUUCCCAUCAGACGGUCGCAGUCAAACUGCGGCUCCGUCCCACUGAGCGGGGCACAUUGUUUGAUUUUCUAUUUUUGAAGGAUCUCUACUAAGAUGUACGGUGGCGUCCACCUUCACGUUUGCAUCUUAAAUGCAGCUAAAAGCUUAACUUUUGGACUUGAGGAAACAGGGGGUUGGAGGAAAUGAAUGAAGAAACCCAAGAGGCCUUUAGUAAAAACCACUUUGCCUUUAUCAACUCUGACAAGCUUUCUUCUUCAAAAGAAGUUUCAGAAACACGAUUUUUAAGGUGUUUGCUCUUAUAACACGCGCAAACAAUUUAUAUUCCAUGUAACUAUGUUUGAUAUUAUUUGAGUUACUACCCACACGACGCUUUAGGCUUUCAUGAACUGCAGCAAAACUUGCACUUAUUGUAUAACCCUUUGCCAACUUUUUUUCCCUGUAAAAAGGUAUCAAUAAAGCUGAUAUAUAUUUUAGGCUAAAUUCAUUUAGACUCUUCACACAUAAGGAAUAUUGAGUUUACAUGAAAAUGGCCCUGAGAGAUUGUUCAGGGUUGAAGCUGACCUCUACCUAAGUGCUCUCCAGUGACUGUAAAACGUAUCCCACUUCAGACAGAAUGCGUCCUUUAACAGGGUAAAAGAUCAAAGCUCCAUCAGAAAUGCUGACAAGAUCAAUCCUGCUGUAUGACUUUUUACAAUUCAAUUAAAACAUGCUGCAGUAAAUUCUUUUACCUUUAAUCCUUCAUAUCAGAAUUUUCUUUAUAAUAGCUGUUUCAUAUCC